AUGUCAGACGAUUGCUCGGUUUCGGAAAUUCUCCAGUACAGCGCCAUGACACCCUUUGACCCCAUGGCCUACCGCGGAGCCGGAUACCAGCGCGCCAUGAGCAACCGACGUAUUGUUGCGCUGUUGAAGGAGUGGAAGGAGCACAGAAAGCAGCAGGCGUACGCUUGUGAGAACUUAUGCUCCCGCCAAAUUCCGAGCGCCCCGGAGCAGCCUGCUCUCUGUGAUCUCGACCAUCCGAACACUUCUUUGGAUGUGUCCAAGGCUGACCAGCCUAAGAAGGAGUGA